CUAAUUUAUACAGAUUACCAAACUCCGAAAUCUGAUAUUAAUUUGUAUACUAUAUAUAUUAGUGAUACAUUAUGUAAGUGCUGUGAUGCUCACAUUUACGAAUUUGUCUAGAGAGAGUAAAAAUGUCAGAUUCUCCGAUAGUCACUUCUCCAGAAAGUGACCAGGAUAGUGAUGCUUCGUCGCAUCAGGAUGAGUUUCAAAACCAUUGUAUUAUUCAUGAAGCAACUCAAAAACGAAGAUAUCCUCGAAGUGCAAGAUGUCGUACAUUUUCUACAGAUACAAACUCAGCAAAAACCUGUCCCAAAUCUCAAUUUUCAUGGUCAAGCCCCUCAAAGUUAGACAAAUUUGAAUGUCCAAAAGAUGUAAGAAUCAGUGCAACAUGUUUGAAAUCUGAGAUUAACGAUUUUGAAAGUGAUGAACCAGAUGCAUCGGGAGAAAGUGAUGCAGAAAGUGAAAGAGAUUCUCAAACUAAUAGGAAGAAGAAAACAGGAUCUUAUUUCAUCUGGAGACUGUUUGCACAAGUAGUACACUUUUUCACGAACCAAGAGACUGAAAAUGCUGAAUUACAAGCUGACAAGAUAGAAGAUGACCUUUCACCUCUUACUGAUGAGCCAAUCAAUGAAUUCCCCAAAGUUCAAACGGAUUACGAUACCAAAAUUGAAAUAAAUGUCUCAAAUCCUAGUAAAGAGCCAAUCAAUGAAUCCCCCGAAGUUCAAACGGAUUACGAUAUAGAAAUCGAGGAAUUAAAUGCCUCAAAUCCUUCUUCCUUAAACAGCUUCACUGAUGAUGAUACCUUUUUACAUGAAAAAGAUGUUUUGGAGAUGUCAGAAGAGCCUAUUUUUCUUAAUAUAUAUGAAAAAGAUCUGCGGGCUGAGAUAAGCAAAAUAGAUUUUUAUUUUUCCAAGAAACAGAUGAACCAUGGUCUAGAGGUGCAGGAUGCGUCUAUGAUGCACGAAAUAAACGAUGGAACGAAUAGAGCAUUUACUUUGUAUCCUGAUGGCCAAUCGAGAAGAGAAAAAAAGAAAAUCCAAUUUGAGAAUCAAUCGAAAAGUGUGUCAUGUCUUUCAUAUGAUGACGAAACACAUAGGUCUUUAUUUCGAGCGUUUAAUACUUUGGUUUUAGCAAAUCUGAUACAAUUUUGUCAUGGAGGAUUUCGAUUUGUAUCGAGUUUUAAAAACAAAAUCGAAAAGUCCUUCACAAAAACAGUGACAACAACUACAAAUGAGUUGGGAGAUGAAAAAGAAAUUAAGACACCACUGCAUUCAUCUGAAAAUUCUUCGACUGUCUAUGGGUUUCUUUAUUUUGCGACUCUGUUAAUGUUUUGUUUACCAUGCAUGCAAAAUGAAGUAACACAUUGUCACUGCGAUUUUCAACCAAAAGAUUCUAACAAAAGAAGUGAACGAAAGAAUAGAUGUUCCAGUGAGAAAAAUGGAAAGGAGCGAAACAUUGAAACACUCCCUACAAGUUCAAAGUCGCGAAUCAAUCGAAAGGAAUAUGUUGAUCACGAAAAAGACAUCAACAUUAUACCCAUGGAAAAUGAAGUUUCUGAUCAAAUCAGAACACAAAAUUCUGUCCACACAGAAUGUUGGAUGAAUCGUCAAAAACAGGCUGAAUCUGGAAUCUCAGGCUGUAAUAAUGACGCAACAGCAGCGAGCUCAUUCAACCGUGAAACAUCGACAGUAUUUCAAUCUCACUGUUGCCAGAUGGGCCAUCUGGUCAACAGUAAUACAAUAAUUCAUAAUGACAAUAUUGUUAUCAAUAAUUUCAUAAAAUCGGAAGAAUGUAAUUACGAAAAGGGCCAAGAAAAUUACAAUAAAGAUAUAGAGAAAAAGAAGAAAAAUAUCUUGAGUAAUUUAUAUCUGAAGAACAAAGAUGCCAACGAUUCUACAACGGAUAACUGGAUUUGGGAACCCUUCAAACAUGUUGUCAGACCUAAUCGGCCAUCUUUCCGAUCUACCUUCUCUAAAAAGAAAAUUUCAGCUUGUAAUUCAAAAAUCUGUGGAACAAUACCUAAUGUUGAAGAAACAGAACCUGAAAAAGAAAAAGAAUUUGGUUUGGACAACGAAAUUAAAAUCGAGCAUGAAUUCAGGAAUAAAUCUACUCAAACAAAAGUUACUGAAAACCCAAAACCUCCAUCUCCAUGUUGUGAGGUCAGUGAGGUUACAAGCAAUAAUAAACAUCCAGAAAAAGAAAGUAGUAUCGCCAAGAAAAGCCAAACUGAAGAAGAGAUUGAAACUGAACCUUUCCGACCAAACAAGGCUUUUGAAAAUGAGUUGGAACAUUGGUGCGACCUUUUAAUUUGCCACAAAGAAAAGCCAUAUCAAAAAUCUGAAGCAUUUUUAGAAGAUGAAUUCCAAUUUUACAAAAAGAAAGAAAAUUAUGAGUCACAAAGCAUUUUUGAAUGGUCGUUCAAACACGAAGAACUCUCCGAAUGUUUGAAUACGAUUCCUCCAGAGGGCACUGCAACUUUCAACUCAGACGAUUAUCUGUCACGUCUUCAAACAUUUCAAGGACUGAGGAUAAACUCUUGGUAUUCCUGGGAAGAAUUCGCUAGAGCUGGAUUCUACGUUAUUUUCGACAAUACAUUAGCUUGUUACAGUUGCUCUCUCCAAGUUCACAUCGAAGAUGUAGUUUCUCGUCCUCCAACAAACCCAAGAUGGCAUCAUCCAGGAUGUGAAAAUCUUCAAAAUUCAAGCUAUCACUCUCCCAGUUCAAGUUGUGGUCGUCAUUCUCCCGUAAGUUCACAGAACUGUUUUAGUGAUAUUGAGAAUGAUGGUGCUGUAUCUGAUGAUAUAAGAGAUCCUCCAGGACAACAAAGCAUCUAUAUUCCACCAGGUGACAGCAGACUUGAACAAUAUCGUUUAUCAACAUAUGAGCAUUAUCCAAUUUCUUCUCCAACAACCAGAAAAUCUCUGGCAAAAGCAGGAUUUUAUUUCACCGGAUUUUUCGAUCGUGUAAAAUGCUUCUCCUGCGCACGAACUGUAGAACGAUGGAAUGAUAUAGACAGUCCUUCGGAUAUAAGAUGGCAUAAAAAUGAUUGUCUGUUUAUAAGAGGACAUGACAGCGGCAACAUCCCAAUAAAAAGUUUAUUCAAUCGGAGCAAUGCACAAGCAAGCUCAUCCAGACAACAGGAAGAAGUUUUGCAACAAAUAGAUCAAAGAACAGGAAAUGUUCUAAGAACUGUCCACUAUCCUGCUGAUUUGCCAGAGAGAGUACGACAAACAGGAGGCACAUUUGAAAUUGGCCCUAAUAAUACAAUAAGAAUACAAACCGGUCCAGGACUUCAAAAUAUUGGAAAUGGCGGUAAUUCAUCCCAACCAAGAAGAUGGAGAAUGGCAAAUGUGAUUUCGUCUGAUCACAGAAGAUUUUUAACUAAUUUACAUUUGAACAGAGAACUUGACAGACUUGCAUCAUUUGCACGAUGGCCCGUUGGUCGCCCGAGUGUGUCACCGGCUGCUCUAGCAAGAACAGGAUUCUUCUAUCUUGGUGACAUGGACAGAACUCAAUGCUUCUCAUGCGGAGGAGUUUUGAGAAAUUGGACACUUGAGGAUGACGCAAUGGCAGAACACCGAUCUCAUUUUCCCAAUUGUAAAAUGGUUCUUGGAACCGAACAACGUAAUUACAAAGUAAAUGAGUUUCCCGACCCACCUGCAGAUCGUGCGAGAGAUUAUCCAUGCAGAUUUCCAUCCAAUCCACACAUGAGAAAUGAGGUUGCAAGACAAGAUACUUUUGAUCGUCGAUGGCCGGUGGGAAGAACAGCUGCAACUCCUGCAGAAAUAUCACAAGCUGGAUUCUUUUUUCUAGGAGAACGAGACCGCGUUAAAUGUUGGUAUUGUAACGGCGGUCUCCAGAAUUGGGAAUACGAUGAUAUGCCGUGGAUCGAACAUGCAAAAUGGUUUCCAACCUGUCAGUUUUUAUUGCAAGUAAAAGGACAACAUUUUGUGUAUCGGCAUUUAACAAUGAACCCUCACCUUGCACGUCCGAUCAUCGCAAAACAAGAUGGAGCUACCGUUGACCCCGGCAACGCCGCUGGGACCGGAGAAGCAAGUCGAAAUGUUGAUAUUCCACCUAGUGGUCCGAGAGCCCAACAACCUGAACCGACACCAGAGAUCAUUGAUCCACAGGCUGAGAUGCGAAAACGUAAAGAAAGAGUAAAAAACAUCAUGGAAAAAUCAGAUCUUGUGAAAAAUAUCAUACUGAUGGGUUUCGAUGAGAAAAUCGUUGCAGCUCUUCUUGAAGAUAAAAUCGAGAGUGGAAACGUUGCAAAUCCUGAGGAUAUUUAUGAUUCUAUGUCCAGCUUACUUGAUGAUGUCAUGAAGAAAGAAGCAGAAAUCAAAGAAGAGGAGAGCCAGAUGCAGGCUGCUGUCCAGAUACCUGCAGUGAUGAACGUUGGUGGAGCAACUUCGAUGGCUUUUCCAUCUUAUAGUUCAGUCUACAGUUCAAUGUCAACUCCAAUGUCAUCGUUGGGGCCUUCCCCGGGAUCAGGAAAAUAUCAGGUUUCUUUGAUUGAUGACAAUGAUGAACCAAUGGAUGAAGACAUGUAUGGAAGCGUUGAGGCCGGUCCAGCUGUGACUCAAGUGAAAGAAGUCGCCCAGGCAGUAAAUUUAGAAGAAAACUCAGAAUCCCUUCAACAACAACUGGACAAGAUCGAAGAAGAGAGAAUGUGUAAAAUAUGCUUCAGCAAUCCCGCUGACAUGGUUUUUAUUCCUUGUUCUCAUAUGAUUUGUUGCAUGGAGUGUACACAGGCAAUCAGACAUUGUCCCGUUUGCAGAAAAAAGAUCGAAAAAGCAAUCAAAACUUACGUUAACUAAACCUUCAAAGAUCACUGUGCAUGGAGUUGGUAGAUCAUCUUUACACAAGAUGGGACAACCCUCGGCGUGUACAGUGAUUUAAUGAAGACAAAUUUCCUGGGCAUCGAUACAAUCAUAUCUACGUUUUACUGAUAAUCCUACAAAUUGUUAUCAACGAAAAAUGAGUUGAAAGAUACUAUGCAAUAAGAUUUAUGCUGUAUACCAGUGGUCCCCGAACUUUUUCAAUAAGGUCCCUCCUUAUAAAGUUCUUUCCUGCUUAUUUUGGGACUCUUUGUUUCUUCAUAUCUUCGCAAACAAAGAUGAAUUUAAGUACUUACGCCAGCAGUAGAUAAAAAUUGUUAAUAACUGUUAACCUACUACUGGCCCACUCUAUAUAUUAUUUUUAAAUUCACUGCAAUUAUAAUUUUAUAAUACAUAUAUUUCUUAAACACUAUGUUUCCCAAAUUCCCACAAAGUUUAAAAAAAAAUUCGAAAGUAUUGAUAGUAAUGCAAAGAAUUAAUUUAAAAUAUUUUUUUUAAUAUUUUGUUAAACUUAUACGUUGAUGAUUCAAAUUUUUAUAUUUUCGUUAUAUAUUUCAUAUGCCCGGGAAAUUUGAUUGAAUUCGACGUAAACAAUUCGCACCUAACAUCUUAUAGGAUUAUUGUGUCAUAUUUGGCUAUUUUCCAUAUAUACACUGUUGUGGUGGUAUUGGUCAUUUGUGACAUUUUGUCUUAUUUCUCGAGCGAGAUUGCUUUUUCCCCCUCAGCCAGUGACUUUUUGGUCAUGUUACAUUAUUACUUACUUUUUUCCUUCCUUAGAACACAAAAAAAAAAAAAAUGAAAAAAAAAAUAUAAAAAUAUAAAAAAAGACAAAAAAAUAAAAAAAAAUAAAAAUGUUGAGCUCUUGCAGAGUUUUAACAAUAUAUAAAAAAAAAUAUAUAUAUAAAAACACAAAAAAAAUAAACCUUCCACUGGCUGUGGGGUUCUUUUUCAAUUAACAUCAUUUGAAGAAUAAUUAAUUAUCAGAUCAUCUAUGAUCAAAUAUUUGCCAUAGAUAUACUGGUGCCCAGUUUAUGUAUGGUUUAUAUAUGAUUUAAGAUGAUUUGGUAAUUGAUUUUUCUGGACACCUGGGGCUGUCUGAUCUUGUAUAAAUUUAUUUUAAAUCCUUAUAUUUAGAGAUAUUCAUUGUAUCACUUUUAUAUAUCAAAUGUGUAAACAAUUUAUGAAAAUUACUUUUACUUGAAUCCUUGAUCGGGUCAAUACCUAUUCCCUUCCUUCAGAGCCCUUUUUUGUUGAUGCAAAAGUCCUUAUGUUAUCAUGAAGCAAUACAAUGAGCUAUUCAAUUAGUAUUAUUUUGUCUAAUCUGAUUUUUUCAUGUUGUCUAAUCAAUUGCCUUUAUUCAUGAGUAAAAAUAUGCAGAUUUGCCAUCCUUUACGUCACAAGCGUUUAGUAAUGCAAUUUUUUCAAUUGUCUAUCUACAGUGCCCGUGUCAAUACAUGAUUUUUUCAGUCUAGAAAUAAAACAAUUUCAAAUUAUGAUAAGCUGUAUUAGAAGGCUUGAGUCGUUGACUCGCCUCUAUGAGAUUAGAGCCUUAUAAAUGAAAUGACUUGAACCCGGUGUAUUUCAACUUUUAGAAUACAAAUGUAUAUAUUGUAUUUACAAGAAUUGUAUGUGGUAAUGCAAUUUUUUCAAUUGUCCACCUAUAACUCUUACACUGCCCUUUUCCAUCAUGAUUUUUGCAGUCUUGAAAUAAAACAAUUUUAAAUUAUGAUAAUUAGCCUUGAGGAGGCUCUAGUAAUUCCAGUAACUCAACUUGAGUCAACAUUCAGCAGAGACUCUCAAAGUAUUUUCUAUAGAAAAAAUUACUCGGACUCUUCUAACUAUCGCCUUCGGGACUUAACUCAACUCUGAGAGACUGCUUAAGAUGCAAAUAACUCGUGUCUCGAUUGGCGUAUAGAGACUUUUUAUGACACUGAUAAUAAGAAUUAAUUUUAUGCCAUUAUUCAAUUUGGUGUAUAAAAAGUCUCCCUUAUGCAACAAGAACAUUUUGCUCGAAUAUUAAAUUACUAUAUAUAUUUAAUAAAAUCCAUUGCUUGAAUGAUAUUAGAGAAAUCUAUAAUUCAUUUUAGAAAAUUUCUAAAUAGGGGGACUUUCCCCUACUUGUGCUCACAUGACCAUGCCACUCUUACUGUUAAUCUUUUUCGAAGAACAAGAAUUUUCAAUCUCUAUAAAUAACUAAGGUUUUCAAUUAUUUGUAAUAUGCAAUUAUAAGUAAAUUUAUAAAGUUGCUUUUAAAAUUCACUUGUUUAAUAUAAAGUUAAUUUCCUAUGCAGGAAUCAUAGUAAAUAGUACAUUAGCCUAUAAAUAUUCUUCCCAGUGUUACUUUCUGAAAAGCUUGAGAUUUAAAUUUUUCAAAUCGUUUUUUGUUUUGUUUAUACUUUCCUAUUCCAUACAUAUAUAUUUAUGUAUCAGUUAUAUAUAGUAAUGCUGAAAUGUUUUUUUUUCAAUUAUUCACUCACCUGAUUUAUUUGAAAGUUAGUUGUUUGUGGUAAAUAUGGGAAUAAGAUAUAAAAGUUUGGAAAAGUAGUAUAGUGAGCAUAUGGAAUGAGGUUUAUGGUAUCCGGUAUAAAAUAGAUACAAUACUUUAGUCAGAAGGUUAGAGUAAGCACAUUAAAUUGGACAUGAAGUGUGAUCAAUAGUAUAAAAGUCUGGAUUAGGAUAGAUAUAAAAUUGCGGAAUAAGCAUAUAAAGUGGGAUUCACGGUUAGUUUUUUUUAGGUCAGAUAUUAGACUUUAUGAAAAUGGUAAAAGUGGGUGGGAUUCGUAGUAUGUUCGGGGUUGGGAUGGUUAUCAAACUAUAGGCAAAUGGUUAGAGUAAGCAUAUGAAGUGAGAUGCUGUUUUGGUGUAGGAUAGGUAUACAGGGUGUCCAUAGAGUGCCUUUGCAAUUUCAAUUUAUUAUGAAGUCAGUUUUCUAUAUAGCUCAUCCAAGUUUUGUUUUAAUCAGUAAUUGUUCAAGUAUUUUUAAUUAAUUUAAUACAUCUGUGAGAGCCGAAACAAUAUAUGGAUUGACUCUAUGGACACCCUAUAUAUCACUUGGUCAGAAGGAUAGAGUAAGCAUGUGAAGAAGUGUGAUCCAUACCUAAGAUAGUUAUAAAACAUAAUUUAGAAAGUUAAAGUAAGCAUAUGAAGUUGACAUUGUGGUAUUUCUGGAUCCAGACAGUUAGAAAAGUUUAAAGGUAUUCGUGGUUUGUUCAGUCAAAUGGUUUGAGUAGGAAUAUAAAGAUGAUAAGUUCUGAAUUAAAACAUAAAACUUCAGCCAAUCUUUAGGCAUAUCAUUGGAAAAUAAUAUUUUCUUAAAUUUCAUAUGGUGAUCAGAAAUUUUAUUCAUUGCAAUAAUAAAACUCAAAUGUCCAAUCAUACUAAAUUCUUUUCUGCACUUAUAUAGCAGACUGUAAUAUAAGUUUGUCCUGCUUUGUAACUAGCGUAACUCAAUAUUUACCGGUACCUAAAAUUUCAACGUAAACUUUUUUUUCUGGAAUCAGUUUGAAAUUAAAUUAUAUACAAUUUUUAAAAUACCUAAUAAUUUAGAAUACUUCUAUUUGUCUAUCACAGUAAGAUCAAAAGCCUAAGAGUUAUUGAAUCACUGUUUAUCUUACUUUAUUCCAUCAACAAAUAUACUUUGACUUCUGAGAGUUAAAUGUGGAACAAUUGAAAAAUGCUAUUUAUUGGUGGCAAAUCUGCAUUUUUUCUUCCCUGUUCUUUUAUAUUUGUAAUGUUCUUGUUAUGCAAAGGCCAAUGUAAUACAAAGCAAAUUUGUGAAUCCUUAGAAAUAUGCUUCCAUGACAAAGUUAGUAAAUCUAUCAGAAAGCACUUUAAGUUUUAUGCGCAAAAGUCUUCAACCUCUACUAUCAUUCCAUUUCAAAGUACUUGAUCACAAUUCUACUGUACAUUAUGCUAUCGCAGUCAAAUAUUGAAUCAAUUUGUAGUUAAUUAUUUUUAGUUUUUUAUACUUGAAUAUUUUUUUUUGAUCAACUGCUAUUCUCGUUAUAUAUCAUAUUUUAUGUAAACUGAUGGUGUUUAAUUCAUUACUAAACCUAUUUCAGUUAGAUUUGCCUCAUUUAAGAUUAACUCUAGUAACAUUGAUAUAACUAUCCAAACAUAAGUUCAAUAAGGAGUGACAAAACAUUGUAUAUUCCAAUGCCAAAUGGCACCUUUCUUCUCCCCCUGGAUAUAUUUUUGGGAGCUAUUUGUUACAUAAAGACCAAAAUCUUUAUGGUUCGGAAUUGUCUACCUUUAUUACUGGUGAUGUGAUGGGAAUGCAAUUUGAAUUGCUAUUUUUAAAAGCUUUGCAACCUAUCCAGUUUCAACAUGCAUAUGAGUUUAUCAUUUCUAGAAUUGCUACAUAUUUACAUUUUCUAAAUUUUAACCUUUGAUCUUUAACACCAAUCUAUUUAGUGUCAUAUAACAUUUCUUGUAUUGCUACAUUUCUACAUUGCUCUAUAUUCCUAGAAUCAAUGUUAGAUUAUAUAAAACCUUUACAAUAAGCUUGUAUAUGCCUCUAACCCACUUACUUGAUCGUUAUUUGCACCUAAUACAUGAUUGUAAAAGUAAAUAUUUCAUUGAUUUAAAGCUCGUAUGUUUAGCAAUUAGAAAUUUGUUAUGAUCUUCAGUUUUGUGAAUUUUACAUGGGGUGAAUCGGUGUAUUUAGAUAAAUAUAUUUUCAAUAUAGUAAUUAAGAGCA